AUCUGCGUAAGGUGGGAAUGUAAUGCAUGGAUAUGUGAUUAUUCGUCAAAGACAAUUAGAGAAGAAAAUUACGGAAUGUACAAUUUAGGCAACAGUUUGUGUACACAAUAUUAAGCAGUGGUCAUUGGUAAAAAUCAUUAUCAAGAAUUAAACUACAUGUAUCAUUGAAAGCUCACUGUACGUUUGAAUCGCUACUUAAAUGUCAAUAUCAAACGUUUUUAUUCAUUUUGAUUUUGGAUCAGACUAUAAAAUUAAAAAAAGACCAGUUGAGUUUAAUAGCAACUGAUAACGAAAAAUGCUUCUUUACGCGUUGUUUUGAAAUUUCAAAUCGUUUUAAAAAUGUCAUGUAUCUGAUAUCGGCUGUUAGAAUUACUUUUUUAAAGUUUCUUAAGAGUGUUUUUAAUGUUGUCCAAAACAAAUACCUGUAAUAUAUUAUUUUAUUACAUGAUUGAUUAAUUCCUAGCUCUCUAAUUGGUUCAUAUCCAACUAUCUUAAAAAAAACCCAGAACGUUAUAAUCAAUUGUACGUGGCCUAAGAGGUCAAUAUAACAUUUGAUUUCUCUACAUUGGACUAAAAAUAGAUCGUCCAAUGAAACAUCGCGUUUCUCAAUUUGUUCGGCAAUGGCUUAAAACUAAAACAUUGCUUGAUAACACUCAAUUUGAUAUUUGUCUGUAUUAAUUCGUCGCUGAAUCAAAUAAUUAAAUAAUUAUUGCUGUUUUUCGAUCAAUACGAUGAUUAAGCUACCCUCGAAGUGAAUGUUUAUGAUUCACGCUUCGUGUUCAGUUGAUUCAAAAACGUUUCAUCUAUCUUAUCUUCAAUAUGUGAAUCCUAUAUUACAUGUAUUUGAGAGAAACAAUCAGUUUUACCAUUUUUUAUUUAUUAGGGAAAAUGUUCCCGCGUUAUUUACCGAAAAACGAAAAUUACAUAAUCUAAUUAGAAUGUCAAAAUCACCAAUGAAAAUGCUUCUUGUAAAUAUCACGUGUUUCGCCUAUAUAUAUGUACGCCAAAUAUAUGCCAAACUUUUCAACGUUGUUGAAACUCAGUCUGUUUAGAGACAAGUGUUUAAAAAGGAUUUUACUUCAACCGAGAUAGGGGCUUUCCCAAAACAACACAUCAGGCAGUCAGGAACCUUAACACUUCAGAUAUGAGAGAUAACAAAUUGUUGAAAACAAGCAUACCGUUGUACAUUUGCUCGGUAUUGAUGUUAAAAUGGGCUUCAACGAAAACAUUAUUGCCCAGAUCUUUGUCAAUUUAUUUCAAUGGAUUUACAAUAUGGGCUGCCAAUUUGGUCAUUGCGAAAAUAAUAUUCGACAUGGCCUGUCUACUUACGAACUCCUCCGUUGUGAGACGUAAGGUAUUUAAGCCUUACAAAACAAAGAAGCUGACCAUUGUACUGGCCAUACUAUUGAGUUUUUCAGGGGCAAAUUGCCCGACUGGAUUCAUUGGUUACAAGAAUCCAGACGAAGACGUUUGCUGUAAGCCAACAUCGUGUUUCCCUGGUACCUUUGUGCAGCCUUGUCAACUUAACUUCACCUCUGAUGUUUGUCUCCCGUGUGAGGCCAAUUUCUAUCAUCUAGAUUCCACCAAUUCCAGCUUCCCACACCCUUGUAUCAAGGCCAACUGUCCCCCAGGUUCGUUCUGCACUGACACUGUGAAUCUUUAAAACUGAAAACAUAUAUAAUGCACUAUGAAAGGUCUCUAUUUAACAAGCUAUUUAGAAAUAUCGUUGGGUAGCAAUACACUUUUUUUAUCUCCUAAAGCACAUCCUCAUCACAAUGCACUGAAGAAUCUUGUUAUAUGGCGUUAUUCUUAUGUGUAUAACUAAUAUAACACAUUUUUUUCUUUUCAAAUAUUGCAGAUAAAGCCAAUGAGAUAUUAUACUUGGGGUUUUAUUGUUUUGUUUUGUUUUUUACAUCAAAACAAUAUUUAAAAUAAUUUAAAAUUAAAAUUGCUUUGAAAUUAUUUCUGCACUUUCGAUUGUAUUCAAUGUAAAUAGUCCUAUUAAUUUGAAUGCCGGUUAAUUCUGUACUGACUAGUUAUUAAAAAGAUUAUUACAGAGGCCACUAUGACAUCAGCUUUUUUCCGAUCAGGAUGCAGGUUAAGAUGUAAAUGUGACGAAGAAAGGGGAUACUAUGGGGAAUACCCUUGUAAUUGUAAACGGUACUGGGAUUACUGACGAUAGUUUCAUCGCUUAAUUUUCUAACAUUUAAAUUUACAAUUAAUAAAACUUUGUUUUUAAUUUCUCUCU